UACCUAUGGAGAUACUGAGGAAAGAAAAGAUAAAGAAAGGAUUAACCCCACCAACGAGAUAUCGUGGAAAAAUCAAACUCUUUCUUUUCAUCUACCCAGGUACUAUUACACACUUUUACAGCAGGACUCCUGUUUGUGACUGAAAAACAGCUGGAGGUUAGGGCUACACCUAAAAACGGAUCUUUUAUACUUUGACUCACAAUCUUUCUACAGAUAAAGUACCCAAGUACUGUCCAUGUCCAGGGCUUUUGCCGGGAACCCCGAAAAUCAAAGACCCGAAAAUUAGACAAGCGGGGUGGAAAUUAUUCUACGCCUUAUCAGUCAUUUACCUUCUCUCAUUAUAAGAAGCAAGAUCUUACAACUUCUUGCCUCCGAAUUUCAUCUCAAAUAUUUUUGGGUUUGUUUACCGUUUGAAAGUAGACAUGGCUUCUAUUACGGCCAGCAGAACUCCUGCCUCUGGUCUUUCUGGCCAAGCAGACACUAAUACUUCCCAUCCUUAUACUUGCAACACUUGUCAAGUGGCGUUCAGAAACAGCGAUUUACAGCGAGGACAUAUGCGCAGUGAUUGGCAGUACGUUUGUUCACUUCUUUUUGACUUCAUAUAUUGACAAUCUUUACAGUCGGUACAACUUGAAGCGCCGUGUUACAUCUUUACCACCCAUUUCUUCCGAAGUUUUCACCGAGAAGGUCUUACAGGCACAAGCUUCUUCCACAGCCGCAGCUUCGAAGGCCGCGUACGAAAAGUCUUGCACGGUCUGUACUAAAACAUAUUUCAGUGAAAAUGCCUACCAAAAUCAUCUUAGUAGUCAAAAACACAAGGCAAAGGCGAUGGCUGUUGAUGGACACAUGGACGACGCAAGUUCCGUAAUGAGCUCAACAUUUUCAUUGGGGGAACCUAUGAAGACAAAUGGAGCAGCAGAUGAAGAUACGAAUGCGCAAGUCGAAGAAGUUUCUAAGGGUAUCAAGAAGACCACCCUCGAUGAUGCUGAAGAUUCUGCAACCACACCUACUGAGGAUGACGUUUUGGAGGAUGACGAUAAUGCCCUUGUUGAGGUUUCUACGAGUCGAUGCUUGUUCUGUAACGAGGAUUCAGCCGAUACAUCUGCUAAUGCUGCACAUAUGGAACGUACACACGGAAUGUUCAUCCCGGAGAAGGAAUAUCUGGUUGAUCUUGAAGGUUUAAUCGCUUUUCUUCACGAGAAGAUUUAUGAAGAUCAUGAAUGUUUAGGCUGUGGCAAACUCAAGCAAUCAAUUUUUGGACUUCAGACCCACAUGAGAGACAAACGCCAUUGCAGAAUCCGUUACGCUACCGAGGAAGAACAAAUUGAGAUUGGCGAAUAUUACGACUUUCGAAGCACAUACUCUGAUGAGGAUGAAUCGGAUUCAGAAGAUGCAUUACCAGGAAAGCAAAAGAGCGGAGGCGUUAAACUUGGAGCUAAACGCCCAACUACAAUUGAUGCUGAAGGAGACGAAGAAAUGGAAAACGGUGAUGGAUGGGAAACCGAUAGCUCUGAAUCUUCCUUGGAUUCCGCAGAUCUUACCGCAGUACCACUUGACGAAAGAACUCACCAAUAUGAGAAACUUCAUCAACAUCCUCAUCAUUCUCAUACAGAUCCUCGAUCACAUCACAGCAAGGACGGAUGGCACUCACAUGCUCAUAAACACAAUCAUGCUGCAUUUUACUCUGAUUACGAGCUUCACCUACCUUCUGGCCGUACUGCUGGACAUCGGUCAUUACAAAAAUAUUACCGUCAAAAUUUGGUCAAUCAUCCAUCACCAGAGGAGAGACAACGACGUGCAAUUGAGGCUGCUGAAAAUUCCGAUUCUGAAGUAGAGCAAGACGAACGUGUUGUUCGUCGCAAUGAGAGAGAACGUGGAAGAGCUCUUAUGAGUCGUGCAAAUGGAGGCCUUGGCAUGGCUGGCGUCACCGCUGAGAAGAGAAAAGAAGUCCAGGCAGCGGAGAAAAGGUCCAGAAAGGUGGAGACCAAUGAGCGACGUAAAUUUGAAUGGAGAAACAAUAAGCAGAACAACUCACAAAAACACUUCAGAGUAAGUUGUCAUCAACCAAACUUUGUAAAAAUGACUCCACUAACAACACGGUAUAGGAUCCAUUGUUGCAAUGAUUUCUCCGUUGGGUUUUCUGCAUUUCUGUUGGUGGGAUAUUCUCGGUUUACCAAAGACUCUUUAGAUAUCCAUAUCUCACGAUUUUUCAUGAGCAUCAUCGGUCGGUGGGCAAGAGUGGCAUUCAUUUUGGCGUUUUAAAGGAAUUGUUAUGAUUGAUGUUCUUAUAUGAGUAUAUAGUCAACAGUACAAAAUUUAUUGUUGUUGAAAUGUUUGU